CCGGUGCCGCUUCCGAGCCCCGACACCACGGAGGCCACAUGGAGCGCCCGGAGGAGCCCGCUCCCGGGCCGGGAGGCGCGGACGCUGCGUCCGAGCGCCGUGGGCUGCGCCGCCUGCUUCUGUCCGGCUUCCAAGAGGAGCUGCGGGCGCUCUUGGUUCUGGCGGGUCCCGCGUUCUUGGCUCAACUGAUGAUGUUCCUAAUCAGUUUCAUAAGCUCAGUGUUCUGUGGCCACUUGGGCAAGCUGGAGCUGGAUGCAGUCACGCUGGCAAUUGCGGUCAUCAAUGUCACAGGCAUUUCAGUGGGACAUGGCUUAUCUUCUGCUUGUGACACGCUCAUCUCCCAGACAUACGGGAGCCAGAACUUGAAGCAUGUCGGGGUUAUCCUGCAGAGGGGGACACUCAUCCUGCUCCUCUGCUGCUUCCCCUGCUGGGCACUCUUCAUCAACACUGAGCAAAUUCUGCUGCUCUUCAGACAGGAUCCAGAUGUAUCCAGGCUCACCCAGACUUACGUCAUGAUCUUCAUCCCAGCGCUUCCUGCAGCCUUUCUUUAUACGUUACAAGUUAAAUACUUGCUCAACCAGGGCAUCGUUCUGCCUCAGAUUUUGACGGGCAUCGCAGCUAACCUUGUCAACGCCCUGGCCAACUAUCUGUUUCUCUAUCAACUGCAUCUUGGGGUGAUGGGUUCAGCGUUGGCCAACACCAUCUCCCAGUUUGCCCUGGCCAUCUUCCUGUUCCUCUACAUCCUCUGGAGAAGACUACAUCAAGCCACCUGGGGAGGGUGGUCCUGGGAGUGUCUGCAGGACUGGGCCUCCUUCCUGAGACUGGCUAUACCCAGCAUGCUGAUGCUGUGCAUAGAGUGGUGGGCCUAUGAGGUCGGCAGCUUCCUGAGUGGUAUCCUUGGCAUGGUGGAGUUGGGAGCCCAGUCCAUCACCUAUGAAUUGGCUAUCAUUGUAUACAUGAUCCCUGCAGGCUUCAGUGUGGCUGCCAAUGUCCGGGUGGGAAAUGCGCUGGGAGCAGGAAACAUCGACCAGGCCAAGAAGUCUUCAGCCAUUUCCUUGAUAGUCACAGAGCUCUUUGCUGUGACCUUCUGUGUCCUGCUGCUAGGCUGUAAGGAUCUCGUGGGCUACAUUUUCACUACCGACCGUGAAAUCGUGGCUUUGGUGGCUCGAGUGAUGCCCAUUUAUGCUGUGUCCCACCUUUUUGAAGGUCUUGCUUGUACCUGUGGUGGUGUCCUGAGGGGCACUGGAAACCAGAAAGUCGGAGCCAUCGUUAAUGCCAUCGGGUAUUAUGUCAUCGGCCUUCCCAUCGGGAUCACACUGAUGUUUGUUGUCAAGCUGGGAGUGAUCGGCCUGUGGUCAGGGAUCAUCAUCUGCACUGUCUGUCAGACCGCGUGCUUUCUGGCUUUUAUUGCUCGGCUCAAUUGGAAACGUGCCUGUCAACAGGCUCAAGUACAUGCCAAUUUGAAGGUAAAUGUGGCCCUGAAUUCCACUGUCUCUCAGGAGCCUGCUCAUCCAGUGGGUCCUGAGAACCAUGGAGAAAUUAUGAUGACAGAUCUUGAAAAAAAAGAUGAGACUCAGUUGGACCAGCAGAUGAACCAGCAACAAGCCUUGCCUGCCCAUCCGAAGGACAGAGACAAACUGUCUGGGAAACAGUUGGCCCUACGGCGGGGGCUCCUGCUUCUAGGGGUGGUCUUAGUCUUGGUGGGUGGGAUUUUAGUGAGAGUCUAUAUCAGAAUUGAAUAAUGUGGCGAUGUCAUCGAUCCAGCAAUCAAGUUCUCCUCUGUCUGUGAAGUUAAUGCUUAAUAAUCCACCCUACAUUGAAAACAGCAAGGCUGGGGAUAUUGCUGAGGCAGACAACCAUACACUCAGCAUGUUCAGUGUCCUCUAACAUAUAAGUUCACUCUGUCUCUCUCUCUCUCUGUCUCUCUCUGUUUCUCUCUCUGUGUGUGUCUCUCUGUGUGUGUUUGAGGGAAGGUUUCUGGAGCUGUGAAGUGGUGAAGACCCAGAGUGACAAUCCCCCUGGUGGUGGCCAGAGGACAAAGCUUGAACGAAGUUGAAGCCCAGUUCUUCCAGCACACAGAUAAUUCAGCAAACUUUCAAAGAACAGAAAAUGAACACACAGAGGGAGAUCUCUCUCUCUCUCUCUCUCUCUCUCUCACACACACACACACACACACACACACACACACACACACACACACAAAACCAAGAGAGAGAAACAGAGAGACAAAGAGACAUAGAUGAGAGAGACAGAGGCAGAGAGAGGACAUGCUCUGUGAGUGGACAAUGCAUACAAUAUACUUAAUGUACCAAAUACUAGUGUUUGAAACAUUGUACCAACUGGAAUGUUGAUUUUUCACCCCUGGGAUUGCAGGGGCCCCUUGAAAGCUGUAGUUCACUGCUACUGUCUCCAAAGGAUAGUGUCAAACACAUUGUAAACCCAGGAAAAGUUCCCAGUUCAAAAACAAUCUCUACUGAAUGCAUGUCCCUUUUGCACCAAUGUUAAAGUUGAGCCCUUGGAAAGAUAAUCACCGUAAGUCUGAGACCACAUGCAGUUUUGAACAUAAAGACAAUUCACAGAGCCUAUAGGCAUUAUGAACCGAGUCUUCAAAAAUGUUUUUCUAAUAAAGAACGUGGUCUAAGACAAUGUGGGGGAGACGGUGGAAUAUUAUUAAUUCAUCCGCCACUGUCAAACAUGCACUGCUGUGUACCGUCUUCAUUCAGGGGUGGAAUUCCUAUUUGUUCUGCCUAUUGUUUUCUAAGACACAAUCCUAUAUCUGAACUGCUUCUAUAUUCUUAUUGUGUGACUUCUAUUAAAUACGUUUUAUGAUA